CUCCCUCUGCGCCCCCUCGGACCCUGGCCCUGCAGCAGGGCCUGUCGGGAGUUGUAGUCCCAAGGCGGCGGCCGCGCGCGGCGCCGAGGAUGCGGGGCGCCGCCUGUCCCCGCCUCCCCUAACCUGCUAGCGCGAGGUGGGGAGUACUGGGGAGGAGCCGUCGGGUCGGUGAUUGGCCAAGGCCGCCUUCAGCACCCCCACGUCCCCUCCCCCGCUCGAGGCUUCGGACUCCAGCGCCUCGCGCGCUAAGGCGGCGAUCGAGCGAGCGCGCGUGCAGCCGCCGCCGCCCCGAGCACCCGCAGCUCCGGCGCCGCGGCGAGACCGAGGAGAGACGGACCCACCGACGGAGCCUUGCAGCCGUAGCAUCCCGGAGGAGCACCACCUAAUUAACCCACGACCUCCUCAAGCCUGGAUUACUGCAGUCACUAUUCUCCCAGUCUCCACUCAACCUGUGCCAGGAACAUGCUUGCCAAUUCAGCCAGUGUGCGGAUUCUCAUCAAGGGAGGCAAGGUGGUGAACGAUGACUGCACCCACGAGGCUGAUGUCUACAUUGAGAAUGGCAUCAUCCAGCAGGUGGGCCGUGAGCUCAUGAUCCCCGGAGGGGCCAAGGUCAUUGAUGCCACUGGGAAACUGGUGAUCCCUGGAGGCAUUGACACCAGCACCCACUUCCACCAGACCUUCAUGAACGCCACGUGCGUGGACGACUUCUACCACGGGACCAAGGCGGCGCUAGUUGGAGGUACCACCAUGAUCAUCGGCCACGUCCUGCCUGACAAGGAGACCUCUCUCGUGGAUGCCUACGAAAAGUGCCGGGGUCUGGCCGACCCCAAGGUCUGCUGUGACUACGCCCUCCACGUGGGGAUCACCUGGUGGGCGCCCAAGGUGAAAGCAGAAAUGGAGACACUGGUGAGGGAGAAGGGUGUCAACUCGUUCCAGAUGUUCAUGACCUACAAGGACUUAUAUAUGCUGCGGGACAGUGAGCUGUACCAAGUGUUUCACGCCUGCAAGGACAUUGGAGCGAUUGCCCGAGUCCAUGCUGAAAAUGGGGAGCUCGUGGCCGAGGGUGCUAAGGAGGCGCUAGAUUUGGGUAUCACAGGCCCAGAAGGAAUCGAGAUCAGCCGUCCAGAGGAGCUGGAGGCCGAAGCCACUCACCGUGUGAUCACCAUUGCAAACAGAACUCACUGUCCGAUCUACCUAGUCAAUGUGUCCAGCAUCUCGGCUGGUGAUGUCAUCGCAACCGCUAAGAUGCAAGGGAAGGUCGUGCUGGCCGAGACCACGACUGCGCAUGCCACACUGACAGGCUUGCACUACUACCACCAGGACUGGUCCCAUGCAGCCGCCUACGUCACAGUGCCGCCCCUGAGACUGGACACCAACACCUCAACCUACCUCAUGAGCCUGCUGGCCAAUGAUACGCUGAAUAUUGUGGCAUCAGAUCACCGGCCUUUCACCACGAAGCAGAAAGCUAUGGGCAAGGAGGACUUCACCAAGAUCCCGCACGGAGUGAGCGGCGUGCAGGACCGCAUGAGCGUCAUCUGGGAGAGAGGAGUGGUCGGAGGAAAGAUGGAUGAGAACCGUUUUGUGGCCGUUACCAGUUCCAACGCAGCGAAGAUUCUCAACCUGUAUCCCCGCAAGGGCCGCAUCAUCCCCGGAGCUGAUGCUGACGUGGUGGUGUGGGACCCAGAAGCCACCAAGACCAUCUCAGCCAGCACCCAGGUUCAGGGAGGAGACUUCAACCUGUAUGAGAACAUGCGCUGCCAUGGCGUGCCGCUGGUCACCAUCAGCCGGGGGCGAGUCGUGUACGAGAAUGGUGUCUUCAUGUGUGCAGAGGGCACCGGCAAGUUCUGUCCCCUGAGGUCCUUCCCAGACACCGUCUACAAGAAGCUGGUUCAGAGAGAAAAGAUCUUAAAGGUGAGGGGAGUGGACCGUACUCCCUACCUGGGGGACGUAGCUGUCGUUGUGCAUCCUGGGAAAAAAGAGAUGGGAACGCCACUGGCAGACACUCCUACCCGGCCCGUUACCCGACACGGGGGCAUGAGGGACCUUCAUGAAUCCAGCUUCAGCCUCUCUGGUUCUCAGAUCGAUGACCACGUUCCAAAGCGAGCUUCGGCUCGGAUCCUCGCUCCCCCCGGAGGCAGGUCAAGCGGCAUUUGGUAAAGGCACUGACCAGCCCCCCCAAGUGAGGAUGCACCACUGCCACCAGCCCGCACACCCUCCGGCCGCAGCUGCAGGGGCAGGAGAGGCUGGGCUGGGCAGCACACCACCUGAGGGGGCCAGGGGACCCGGGGAGCCCUCCCCAUGUCUGACACGUGAUUCACUGUGCUCCGAGCCAACCCUAACAGGCACUUUGAGAUGUGUUCCUCCUGCUGCAGUCCUUUCCUGCCUUGGCCCCGGCAGGCUUUUCUGGGGCCCAGGAAGCCCACACUAUGCACAGACCCCAAUGCAUAGAGCCCGGCCCAGCCCCUCCUCUCACACCUGCCUCCAUGAGCUGGCUUGGGGAAAGCCCAGACUUUAGUGCCCUGCCCCUGGCUGACCCGCCAGUUGUCCAGAGCACUUUAGCAGAUGUGUUUUAAAAGAAAAGGACUCCCUCCCCCAUCCCCAUAGGCCCCCGUGGUCACUUUUCCCAAGUCAGACAGGUGUUAGCUUCCCAGCCAUGCUCAAGAUGUCCCGUUUGUCCUGACUCGCCUCUGGCCCCUGUGUGGGUGUGGCUGGGACACCCUGGGUGUGGCUGUGGUUGGGACACUCCGUGCCCUUUGCCGGCUUCUUCCUUUCCCCAUCCUGCCCUCUAGAGUCACGGGCCCAGAAGGGCGAGCCGGGCGGGCGUGAGGCUGGCACCAGGCGCGUGUACAUGAUUUCGUUUUGCACGUUUGGUUUGCGCAGUGGUUUGGUUUGACUUGUUUGUGCAUCCUGUGAAAAAUAACGGUGCUUCGUGUCACUAGCAUAGCAUAGAAACAGGAAUAGAUGUGGACCUUAGGAGAUGCUGCACUUGACACCAACCAGACAGCCUAGGGCCCAGCAGGGGUGGGGGUGCUGGAUUCACAGGCCCUUCUCCCCACCUGGAGUCUUCCAGGCUGCCAGAGGCCCUGUCUCAGGCCCUCUUCCCAUUCCCUCCCCUCCUGGUCUAGUUUCCUACAUUUGGAGAGGGUGCCUGGGAUGCUGGCCCUAGAGACCAUCUCUGGCCCUGGUUACUCCCAGCACUGACACCCCCUGCACCCAGCUUCCUGUAAAUUCCCCCUGCUGGACCGAGGCCCAGCCGCUCCUCCUGUGUGAUUGGCGAGAGACCUCAUGCCUGCUGUGAGAGGGGGAGCAUGCCUAGGGGGAGUGUGCUAGCAGAUGCCAGGGAAGGAGGCCAGGCCAGCAGGACCCGGUUGUAGAACUGCAUUGCUACAAAGGUGCCGUGGUCUUCUGGGGUCAGCACCUUGUCCUCACCUGCUUGUGGCCUCCACCUCCUCCCACAUCCAGUUGGGCCAUUCCAGCCUCUGAAGCUUCAAGAGGUUUCCAUGGAAACACUAGAGGCUGGGUGAUCUCCAUGCACCCGGAGUGAGCUGGGAAGUGACCCAGCCCCUGCCCUUAUUAAGCCUUGUCCUCCCUUGGGGAAGUGAUUUCAUGUUGCACGUUUGGUUUGAGCAUCCCAGGCUUGCACGUGGCUCCUGGACUCUUGGGCUGGUGGUCAUACCCUGCAUAUUUCUAUAGUGCUUUUCAUGUUUUCAAAGCACUUCCACAUACAAGCUCUCAAUUGCUCCUCACAACAACAGAGCAGGUAUUAUUCUCCUCGUUUCACAGAUGAGGCCCAGAAAGAUGAGGCCUCCUGACCCCAGAAGCGUCCAUGGCUACCCUUGGAGCUUGGCUGUCUACCCAAACUGUGGAGGUGAGGAGUAGGGUGACGUCUCUUGUAGAUCCCACCCAAGAGUUUAACCAGCCAGAACGCUCACUCCCCUGGUAGGCAUUCUGCUUUGUUUUGCACAGGUAGAUAGAUUUUUUCUUGUAAACAAACUAAUGCAUAGUCACUGUUUGAGCCAGAACUAGUUAAAUGUUGAGGGCUUGCCAUGUGGUUUGAGCUGCCUCCCCAUCCUCACUUCUUCUCUUCAUGCUCAUCUUCCUCACUUAGGGGCUGAGAGGACAGAGACGGUAACCCAGGGAGCAGAGGCAGCAAAGGCACUCAUGGAAGGUGGCAGCCCUGGGGACAGUAGGUAGAGAUCUGGGCCUGGGAAAGCAUGACACUGACCCCUUGGUACAAUGCACAUCAUCUUUAUCCCUUUCAGCCCUUGCUGAGUCAUGGGCCUUGGGCAGAUGCCAAAGAGCCGAGUGGUGGUGGUGGCCAGCGGGCAGACUAUCCCUGCUUGGGCUAGGAAAGCUUUACCUUCUCUGAGUGCCUCCGCCCGAGAGAUGCAUGGUCCGUGGCUGUGGGAGACCACAUCCUGGAGUGGUCCACUGUACGCCUUCCACUUCAUCCACCCCCGAUCCUUACAUAGACCCCACCCUUGCCCAGGAGCUUCUAGAUGAAAAUCAGGAGGUUCAAGGAACCAAAUGAAUGGCCAGCCCCCACUGCCUACUCCUUGCCCCUGUGCAGAACUCCAGCCAGCUCCAUCACCAGCCCCACUGGCUCCUGGUUGGAAUGAAAAUGGUCUCUGGUUGCACUGAAUGCAGCUCUCAAAUUGGUCUUGUACUUGCUGAAUAAAUACUGUUGUUCUUGCCUUAGCUGCUCUCUAGGUUUGUGGGGUUAAGUUACCAGAAAAUUGUGCUACUGUGUUUGCGUGUGUGUGUGCGUGUGUGUGUAGUGCUAGGAGUCCACAGUAGGUCUCUGUUGAGCCAAUGCCAUGAUGAGGGCUUUUCCAAUACUGAUCCAGAAACCACAGAACCACACGGAAACCCACACCCCCUUCAGCUGCUCAGGCAGCAGGCACAGCCUGGGGUCGGGAUGGAGCCUCCAGCACCCCAGCACCCAAGUGACUUCCUCACUCCUCUGUAAAUGUCUUGGUGCUAAGAUCGUGUCAACCCCAAGAUGACACAUGGUCCUGUGCUUUGGCCACCCAUUUGAGGCAAAAACAAAACAGCCCGACACAUUGUGUUCUGGUGCAGGUUUGUAUUAAACUGUAGCUACUUCUCA